GGCGGGAAAAGUGCGGGUUUUUGCACGCAACUGACUCGACUCUUCGGCGUCGAUCAGCAACACCAGAUCAUGGCUCCCAUACCUAUAAAACGCGUGGUGUCCGUCUCUUCUGAGGACGAGUCGAACCCAGCGACGAAUCUUCUCCAGGGAUGCAGCGGGCGCAAGUGGCUCACGCGGCAGGAGGAGAAGGCGCGGCGGGCGGAGGUGGUCGUGGAGCUGAGCAAGAGAGCGCGCAUCAACAGCUUGGAGCUCGGGAACUUUGGUUCUGCCUUCAUUGAGGUGCACGUGAGCGCCGCCGCCUCUGAGUCUUCUACCACUGAAUGGCUGACGCUGCUUCCUUCGUGCAUGCUCAUGACAGUCCCAGAUUCGCGCGCCGGACGCAACAAGACGUCGAGUAUCGUGUGCUCUAGAGACCGUUUCUCUGCCACCACAGCCGGCCUCAAGUGGAGCUUCCUCAAGAUUAUCUGCCGACAGCCGUACAAUCUCACGUCCCAGUUUGGUCUCCAACAUGUGACCUUCUAUUCCGACACUCCCAGUACACCCCUCACCCCUUCCCCCUCACCAUCCCUCCUAUCUCACCCGGACCCCUCACACUCUCCCAAAGACACACCUGAUUACGCCAACCGGCACCGCCUCCCCUCCCUCCCUUCCUCGGCGACCCCCUGCAAACCAGGGGACCCUCAUUCUUCAAGACCCCUCACAGGAAGGGAAAUUUCAAGCAACCCCUGGGGGACUCCAACACCAGCGAGGAGUUCUCUGGUCUCGAGAGGCAGUCGCGUCUUCUCAGAAAUGCUCUGAAAGGGCCCUCGAGAACCCUCCGACAAGAUGAACCCCAUUCUGGAGCGAGCGGUGGAGGAAGAGGGGAAGAAGAAAGAGAAGAAGUUCGAGGAGUUGUACCAGAAGAGGAAGCUGCUGGUUGCGGAGCUGAACAAAGCUCAGGGGAAGAGUGAUUUCGCCGACGGUUACGGGAAAACCCCCUCGUCAGUGGAAAUGACAGCUGCCUUUAGGAAGAUCUCUCGCCAUGACAACAAGUGUGAGAUAGGACAAGAGGAAGACCGCUGGUCUUGGGCUGGGUCUAGAAAGAGGGGGAAGAGGAGAAGGGGGAGAGGGGGAGAGGAAGAGGAGAAGGGGGAGGAUGGGUGGGUCAGCAAGAGAAAGAAGAAGCUGAGUGGGAUGAUAAAGGAGUGCCGAAGAGUGUUGAGUCAGGCUGGGACAGCUGGCGGAACCAGUGGAAGACCAGAAGACCUCUCCACUGCUAAUGAUGAGACUGAAACCUCGCCCCUCAAGUCCAACCAGCCUCAGACCAAAGAAGACCCAGCUGCUGCGGACAGUGACAGUGACGCUACAGUCAUAAUGGACGAUCCUCAGCCGCCCGUCGUCUCCCUCCCUCCCCUCCUGCCCCUCCAAUUAUCUCCAGAAACCCCCGCAUCCGCCGUCCCUUGUCCCCUCUGUGGACAGUCUUUCCCCUCGUACGCCAUAGAGCUGCAUGCCGCUAACUGUGGAGACAGUCACCCUGACAACACCCUGCCCCUACCAAUUAUUUACAUUGACUGAAAGACGAAAUUAGUGAUUGAUUCAUGUGGAAUUGAUGUGUUCUAUACUCAGACUAUUGUUCCAGUGUAUCAUUAUUAUCUUCUUCGUCCUGGGAAUCUGCGGGAAGAGGGUAUAUAGAAAUUUCAUGUACUGAGAAAGUCUCAGAGGCGAAAAGAAUUUUGAUGCUUUUAAUUAAUGGUGCAAGGGGGUCUUAAAGAUCACAAUCGAUAGAGUUUGCUAAAAUUUCCUCAGAAAACGGAUCUUGUUGGGCAACCAAUCUGGUAUUAUAUUCAAUGCAGAGUAUUUAUCUUUCUGGUUAA